AUGGCGCCCAGCCGAAGAAAAGGCUCCAGCAAGGCUGCUUCUGAUCGCCGACAGUGGAAGAUCGGCGAUCUUGUGCUUGCAAAGGUGAAAGGAUUUCCAGCAUGGCCUGCUAUGGUGAGUGAACCAGAUAAGUGGGGUUACUCGGCUGAUUGGAAAAAAGUGUUUGUCUACUUCUUUGGAACCGAACAAAUUGGCUUCUGUAAUCAUGUAGACGUUGAAGAAUUUACAGAAGAAAAGAAAGAGUCUCUUUUGGUCAGACGUCAUGGUAAAGGUGCUGAUUUUGUUCGUGCACUGAAUGAGAUCAUUGAUUGCUUUGAUAAACUGAAGAAACAGAGCCAAGAUAUCAGUGCUAAUUGUACUGAUGAAGUAAAGAUGAUGAAAGAAAAUAAUUCUGCAGAAUCCUCAAUCAAAUUGGGAUCAAAGGAAGAAGAUGCUGCAUUUACACUUAAGUCACAUCUGAAGACACCUGUUUCUUCUGGAGCAACACAUGAUUUGAACUUUCUAACUGAAGCUGCUGUAGCUGCUGCAGCAGAAGAUGGUCUGCACGAUGAGGACAUGCGGCUAGAGGUUUCCGGUGCUAAUUGUACACAUACAGACAAGCCUUCGUUGAUGACUUACUCUACAAGAAGCAAAGCUGAAGUAAGCCUACCAGAAAAAGGUGUAUCAGAGCGGAGGACGUCUGCACGAAGGCCUAGAGGUUCAUCAAGGAUUGGUCCCCAAGACAUGACAUUGUCUUCUAGCAACAAUACUAGGAGCUCUCGUCGUGUUGUUACCAAUGCAUUGCGGGAUACAUUUCUGAGAAGAAGUAAAAGGAUUAUGAAGUUGCCUGAUGAUACUGAUGGACAUGAAAUGGACUCAUAUGCUUUUGUAUCAAAUGAUAAUGAUGAUGAAAAUGAUUCUGAUACGGUGACAGUCUCUGAUAAUCUUAGCUGCGAUGACAGCAGCACUUUAGACUCCGGUUGCAAAACAAAGCAACCUGAGUCUGUUUUUGAUAACUGUGAAGGGGAAACUGAGUUAAAUGAUAGGCUUGACUUUCAAACUAAUACUGUCAUUAUUAAAAAGAAACGGAAGCCAAAUCGGAAAAGACACAGCAAUGAUACAGCUGACUUGGUAGCUAGAUUAGACAAAGUAAUUUCUGAGGCUGAGAUGCAGAAAAUUGAACACAUUUUGCCUAGUAAUAAUGGGAAAUCAGCCGAAAAAUGUACAAAGGAAGAUGGUGAUGAGCACUUACCACUAGUCAAAAGAGCCAGGAUUCGUAUGGGCAGACCAUCACCUUCUGGGGAGGAGCCAGGUUCUUUAGCAUGUAUGGAGGAAAAAUUGUUGGAUGUUUCUAAAAGCCUUACAAUGCUGUCCCCUGGGCCCUUGAAUUCCAUGGAAGAUGGUUCUGCGGAUAGCAAGCCUGUUUAUGUUGAAGGAGAUUCAGAUAAUCUUUCUGUAUUCGAUUCAAGUCUCUCUAGGAAGCCUCAGAGUUGGGAAUCCAGAAAGAAUUUUGUUGAUGGUGAAGCUGCCUUACCUCCAUCAAAACGCCUACACCGUGCCUUGGAGGCCAUGUCAGCUAACGCAGCUGAAGAUAGUCUAACAGUUUCGGAGGGUGGUCUAUCGACGGUGAAUACGUCUACUAAUGGAUGUUGUUGUAUUUCGCCUGGAGGCUGCCCUGAGCUGUCAAUGGUGAGCGGAGCAGAUAUCCAACCUAUAGCAGGGAUUGCGGAAGGUGCUGAUGGUAGAUGUGUGAAAGAUUCUUCAUACGACCAGGAUGCAAAAUUCAAUAUUGUGGAACCAGAUCUAAAACCAGAUUCACCUAAUACUGUUGAAAAACAUGCUCAUUUAGACUGCACUAGUUCUACUGAUCAUUGUGAUACUGAGUGUUCUGAAUUGGCUGAACCUUUUAAGGGAUCUCAUGCUGAUAUUACCCAGAGGAGUUCAGAUACUAUCUUGGUGGAAGAAAUUGUUGUAGGUUCACCACAAAAUGACGCUGAUGUGUAUCUGGACAAAGUGUGUAGUAAAGGUGAUAAAACAUCUGAGAUGCAGAACCUUUUAUUAGCUGAAACAAAUCAAGAGAAUAGAAUGCCUGAGCUUGAGAAAGAAUCAGCAUUAAAGGAUCCCUCUGCAACUCCAAUGAAGACAUCUUCAUCUGUAACUGAUGGGCUGGAUUCUGUUGGACGGGCAUCUCCUCCGAGUUCAGCCAUACGCAACAUGUCUAAAGCGGAAAAGAAUAGUUUUCUUGAAAGUAAUAGUCGUAGUCCUGAUGUUUUAUUGCCUUUUGACAAAGCUAAACUAGCUGGCAAGUCUAGCAGCGAAGGAGAAGCUAAUAAUGCUAUGUCAUCCUUUGAAACCAUUCUUGGAUCAUUGACGAGGACAAAAGAAAGCAUAGGUCGAGCAACACGCAUAGCUAUUGAUUGUGCAAAAUUUGGUUUUGCCACGAAGGUGGUUGAACUUCUUGCCCAAAAUUUGGAAAAUGAGUCAAGUUUGUCCAGAAGAGUGGACUUGUUUUUCCUCAUUGAUUCUAUCACGCAAUGCUCUCGAGGCAUGAAAGGUGAUGGUGGCAUAUAUCCCUCAGAAAUCCAACCACUAUUGCCACGCUUAUUGUUUGCUGCUGCUCCUCCCGGUAGUUCUCAUGAAAAUCAUAAGCAGUGUUUGAAAGUUCUGAGAGUCUGGCAUGAGAGAAAAAUUCUUCCAGAACCCAUAAUUCGCCACCAUAUUCAGGAGCUUGAUGCCAUUAGCAAUUCAUAUCUUAAUGGGGCAUCCUCCCGCCGACCUUUAAGAAAUGAAAGGGCUUUUGAUGAUCCUAUUAGACAAAUGGAGGGUAUGCCGGUUGAUGAAUAUGGAAGCAAUUCAAGUUUUCAGCUGCCUGGUUUUUGUAUGCCUCCAAUGCUAAGAGAUGAAGAUGGAGGAAGUGAUUCUGAUGGAGAGAAUUUUGAGGCUGUCACUCCUGAGCAUGAUGCUGAAAAUGUUGAUGGAGAAAGGAAUCCGGUUCCUGCAGUUGAGAAGCGUAGACAUAUCUUGGAAGAUGUUGAUGGGGAGCUUGAAAUGGAGGAUGUGGCUCCCGCUUGCGAAACCGAAAUUAAUUCAAUUAGCAAUAUUACUGGAGCGGGUAGUGAAAUGAUGUCAAACCAUGAAUCUGAUAGUCAUUUUGGGGCUCCAUUUGCUCCUUCACUCCCCAAAGACAUACCACCAUCUCCUCCUCAGCCCAGGUCUCCCUGUCCCCCAGCUUUACCGCCUGCAAUGCCUGAUUCUGUUUCUCAUGGUUCUGAUUGGAAGCUUUAUUCAAGUUUUCAGAAGACCAAAAGAAAUAUCCAGGACCCUCUUGCAAAGCAGUCUAUCAUGCCAAAUAUCAGUCGGACAACUUCCGAUGCUGUGCAUCAUCAUUCUCAUGACAAUAGAAAUUUUGAAACUCAGAUGCCAAGGACGUCUGACUUCACUAAUUCGUGUUCUUUCAGCAGUCAACCUGGCUCCCAUCCAUCUGCACGAGCCUCUAAUAAUACUGUAUUGUCAGCUGAUGGUGCUUUCAACAAGGGUUUUCAUCUGCGUCCACCUCACCCUUCUCCAACAAAUCAGUUCUCGUAUAUCCAAGAUCAGCGAAUGCAGUCCCGGAGGGAUGUCCCUGUCCAUUCCUAUCAUAACAGAUUUCCGGCACAAAAUGCUGGAAAUGGUAAUUUUUACAGAGAUCAUGACAGAAUGAAGUUUGCUCCUGAUAAUAUUGGAGAAUACUGGAGGCCUCCAUUCCCUUCCGUCUCUGGUCCAUGCUAUCCUGAAAGUGGCAGGAUGCCUCAUGCACCUAUGUCUUACAAUGGUCCGCCUUGUGAGCCGCCAUUACCUAAUAAUAGGUGGGCCUGCCCUCCCCAGCCUAUGAAUCACAGGCAAUUUAUUCAUUAUAGACAACCUUCUGAAGGUCCAAUUCCUGUGGCAAAUAGAGGUCCUAACUUUUGGAGGCCAAGACGAGAAAUCUGA